AUGGCUGAAGCGUCCAGGUGGCAGCUAAUCGGGGCUUCGAAACCUAAGCUGCAGUACAGAGAGGAAGUAGAAAUUAGAACCACACUUCAGGAGUUAUUACUCUACUUUAUUUUUUUAAUAAACCUAUGUAUAUUGACUUUUGGGAUGAUAAACCCACAUAUGUACUACUUAAACAAAGUUAUGUCAUCUCUAUUUUUGGAUACUUCUGUGCCUGGUGAAGAAAGAACCAACUUUAAGUCUAUUCGCAGCAUAACUGAUUUUUGGAAGUAUAUGGAAGGACCCUUUUUGGAAGGUCUGUACUGGGACUCAUGGUACAAUAACCAGCAGCUAUAUAAUUUAAAAAAUACCAGUCGCAUCUACUAUGAGAACGUACUUCUAGGAGUCCCCAGAGUUCGUCAACUAAAAGUCCGCAACAACACAUGCAAGGUCUAUUCAUCCUUUAAGUCUUUGAUGGAUGAAUGUUAUGGCAAAUACUCAUCUACAAAUGAGGACAUGUCUGACUUGGCCUUUACACAGGAUACUGAAUGGAAAUACUCUACUUCUAAUACAAACUCCCCUUGGCACUGGGGAUUUGUUGGUGUUUACCGAAAUGGGGGAUAUAUUUUCACUUUAUCAAAAUCAAAACUUGAAACCAAAAACAAGUUCAUUGACCUUCGACUGAACAGCUGGAUCACAAGAGGGACAAGAGUUAUUUUUAUUGAUUUUUCCUUAUACAAUGCUAAUGUAAAUCUGUUUUGUAUCAUCAGAUUGGUGGCAGAAUUCCCUGCAACUGGAGGAAUACUUACUUCAUGGCAAUUUUACUCUGUGAAGCUCCUCAGAUACGUUAGCUACUAUGAUUAUUUUAUUGCUUCCUGUGAAAUCACAUUUUGUAUUUUUCUUUUUGUCUUCACAACACAAGAAAUUAAAAAGAUAAAAGAUUUUAAGUUUGCCUAUUUCAGAAGUAUUUGGAACUGGCUGGAAUUACUACUUUUGCUGUUGUGUUUUGUAGCUGUUUGCUUCAACAUAUACUGUAAUACACAAAUUGUUCUCUUACUUGGACAGCUGCUGAAAAGUACUGAAAAAUAUUCAGACUUCUAUUUUCUUGCAUACUGGAACAUUUAUUACAACGAUAUAAUUGCUAUCACUAUCUUCUUUGCAUGGAUAAAGAUAUUCAAAUUCAUAAGCUUUAAUAAAACAAUGUCUCAGCUGUCAUCAACUUUGUCUCGAUGUAUCAAAGACGUAGUAGGAUUUGCCAUCAUGUUUUUUAUAAUAUUCUUUGCUUAUGCCCAGUUAGGAUUUCUUGUUUUUGGAUCACAGGUUGAUGACUUUUCCACUUUUCAAAAUGCCAUAUUUGCACAAUUUCGAAUUGUUCUUGGAGAUUUUAAUUUCGCUGGGAUUCAGCAAGCCAAUUGGAUCUUGGGACCUAUUUACUUCAUCACUUUCAUCUUUUUUGUGUUCUUUGUCCUGCUGAAUAUGUUCUUGGCAAUAAUCAAUGAUACUUAUUCUGAAGUGAAAGCUGAUUAUUCAAUAGGCAGAAGACCAGAUUUUGAACUUGGUAAAAUGAUUAAAAAGAGUUAUACAAAUGUUCUUAAGAAAUUCAGACUGAAGAAACCUGAAAAAGAUGAAGACAAAAUAAGCAAAAGCAGCAGAGAUUUGGCUGAACAAGCUAGAAAAGAAGGCUUUGAUGAAAAUGAGAUUCAAAGGGCAGAGAAGAUGAAAAAAUGGAAAGACAGGCUUGAGAAAAAGUAUUAUUCUACAGAAAUUGAAGAAGACUACCAAGACUACCAGCCUGUCACUCAACAAGAAUUCCGAGAACUCUUUUUGUAUGCUGUGGAGCUGGAAAAAGAAUUACAUUACAUCAAUUUGAAAUUAAACCGAGUGAUGAGAAAAGUUUCAGCUCUACAACACUAA